GUCGUUAAGAUUAGCAGGCAAAUACGAGGAUCACCUAAACGACGACACCAAGAUGUUGCAGCAACAGCAUCAGCAGCGGCCAUUUAAGUCCGAAGUAGAGCAUGGCACAUGUGACAAAAUCGAUCCAAUAAAGCAGACAAUUUUAGAACCACAAGCAUCGUCGGAAGACGGGAUGAACCGAAAGGUUUUCGACCCUACCGCACCGAACGGAUCGUGUGCCCCACCUUUUACUUACGAUGCGAACGGCUAUCCUCUAUACUUAUGUCCUCCUAAGACGGAUUUCGGGUUCAGCCAAAUGGGAUACAAUGGCGAGCAGAUGGUAGUACCAAGCGUUCAACAAUAUUGGCAGGGGCAGAUUCCCACAUUCAAUUCUGGAGACUAUCCACAGCCACAGAAUUAUGGAUAUCACGCCACCACUCCCGACCACGUAAACCCGUAUAGUAUCGUUGGCGGCGGGCAAGACGCAGCGCGAGAUGAAAGCAUCAACAAGACAGAAGGUGGGACGAACAUUGCUCCGAAUCAGCCAUUCGUUUACGGACAGAACUCUAAUUGGCCGCACGCUGGGCAUCGACAGAUGCCGUUCGCAGCGUCUGUGCUUGAAGUUCCUCCUCUGAAAUCCUACACGAGUUACGAUGGUAGUUUUUACCCAAUGAACCAUUACAACGGUUACUACUCAAUGAACGGACAAAAUCCGUAUAACACAAGGAAUGGGCAUAAGACUUACUACCCGAAACCUCACCUGCGUACUGGCCACCCAAGGUACUACCAAUAUAAUAAUGGUAACCCGAGAAAUCAGCAACAACAACAACAACACAGCGGUCAGCUGAGGAACAACCAACAGAAUAAUGAUAGGCCAGGACACCAGCAACAACCUAAUAAUGAACAAUCUAAAAGCCAACAAAAAAGCACCGAUCGUCCAGGAAACCAACAACUACUUAACGGCCAGUCAAGAAAUCAAGCGAAUUCUAGUCACGGAUGGAAUCGAUCGAAUGGCAGCCACCCGAGAAAUCCCCCGACCCAAACUCUGAGCCAUCAGCGAAGCCUUCCUAAUAACUAUUCCAACCCAAGAAGCCAGCAGCAACAAAGUAAUAAUCACCAAAGAAGACACCACCACGAUGCAUUCUACCAAUCUAGCCAAUAUGACAGUUACGUCACCUCAAGGUAUCCUCACCCUGAACCAUUCUAUAGAGGAUACCAGCCUCAUGACGGUAACUUCUCUCCGCUGAGCUUCGAUCUAAGAAAUGCUCCGAGAUGCACUCCAAACCAAUGGUAUCAAACGAAUCACUACAUCACGCCCACUCAAAGAAGUUUCGGGGGAACACCGAGAACAAAUACGUACCGACGUAGUAGCUGGCAGCAUCAGCAGGAAAAUGGCCCCGGGAAACCAAACCAAGGACCGCCUCGACGACCCGGCCGCCGGCUCCCUCGAUCAGAGGUUAAAAACAAGCAAACCGCAACGAUCAGUACGGACAAGCCUGUACGCAGCCCGAGUCAGGAGGAAAAUCAAGUCGCAAGCGAUUCAACGCGCGAUACAGAGUCGCCUCCUAUCGAAUUUUUACAGAAAUCGCUUUGCCUGGAUGACGACGAUGAUGAUGAUGAUUCACCAGAUGAUGCAAAAUCGACUGUGGAAAAAGUGAACCCUAAAAAAUAGCCAUAUCUAUAAACUUGUUACCUGGGUCGUCGAUCAUGCCACAUGGGUCGCGUGCGGAUCGUCAGCGUUGCAUUGCCAAAAACACAGAAAUACCUAAGCCUUUCAAGUGUCGCAUUAGUUUGGACUAAGACCAGAUAAGCAUAAGAAAAACUCGUUUCUCUUCUCCUAAUCUAACGGUAAUUAGUACAAAUAUUAUUGAAAUAAUGUACAGUCGCCCCUACAAAAUGGUAUUGAUUUCCAUUUGGAGUAUAUACUUGUCUCAGAUCGCCAAUUUCUAUCAUUCACUACAUUAUUACCACUUUAUUCCUUGUUUUUGAUUUCGUUUUUUAACCCGAUCUUUAUACUCUUUUCAUUAAAAUUCUCACUAUAAUCAUUUCCGGUAUUGAGAGUCGUUCUGACGCACAUAUAGGCAUAUACGUUCAAUCGUAUAUGUAAAUAUAUAAUGGCAGGAAGAUACGUUAUCAGGUUUAUCUGUACUAAUUCAUAACUGAUUUUUCAUGUGGUUCUCUCUAUGGUCUAUCCUUUUUAUAAUUGCGACAGGAACUGGGUAAUCAUGUGUAACAUUAGGAAGAUUUUAUUAUAAAUCAUUAUCAAUUUAAAGUAUUUUCAGAGAAAUUCCAUUUUAAAUAAAAAUCGGAACCGAGUGAAUUCGUUU